GACACACUUUUAUCUGCGGCACAGCUAUUUUCAUGCUGAGAUGACUUCCAAGACUUCCAUGUUUGCCGACUGGUACAGUCGUAUAAUCUGAUGUGUGUGCCAGACUCUGAGUUGCUUUCACUGACUUCGCUGGAUUCUCCCACGUGCUGCUUGAACAGUGAGUUUGUCAUCUUGACUUUUACAGGCCUUCCUAGUGUUUUUCCACUCACUCGACAUGGACAGUGAGGAUUCAGACAAGGUCCAGAUCGGCGAAAACAAAUUUGUAAGCAAGAGCAUUCUUCUCUCACAGCUCAGCACAUACAACCUUUACUACAAAGGAGAAGCCCUCCAGUUGAGACACAGAGAGGAGGAAGGAGAGUUGGUCAUUGAGGGUUUGCUCAAUGUUUUUUGGGGCGUACAGCGGCCAAUUAGACUGCAGAUGCAGGACGAGAAAGAGGCAGGCAGGCCACGCCCCUCACUAACAUCUCUGAGUUCAGAAACGGAUAUCGACACAUACAAUGAGGCCGCUACAACAGACGACCAAUCAAAAGACUUCGGUGAUGGAGAGAAGGAAGAGGAAGAGGCAGAUGAGGAGCAGCAGGAGCCCACACACUCCGAUCGUCUCGCCAGGGCCAGGAGUGAUGUCGGCGGAAGGAGAAUCAGCGGACGACGGCUUGGAAUCAGGAGACUCAAGAGACACCGAUGCUCCUUCAACGGCCACUUUUAUAACCACAAGACGGCGGUAUUUACGCCUAAAUUCGGCUCUGUGACCAACGUCCGCGUCAACAGCUGUAUGACGACAACACAGGUCAUGAGGGUGCUGCUCAACAAGUUCAAGAUUGAGAACAGCCCGGAUGAAUUCAGCCUUUAUAUCGUCCACACCAGCGGAGAGAGACAUCAGCUGAAGCCGAAUGACCAUCCUUUGGCGCUCAGAGUUUUGAAAGGCCCUUGUGAACAGGUCAGCAAAAUGUUCCUAAUGGAGACGGACCAAGUGGAAGAGGUCACCCAUGAUGUGGCACAAUACAUCAAGUUUGAGCUUCCUGUUUUACAAAGCUUCAUUGCUAAACUGCAAGAGGAAGAAGAAAGAGAGAUGCAGAAAGUGAAGAAGAGGUAUGCAGAUAUCCGCCGUAUCAUCAAGAAAUACAUGCAGAAUUUAGCCGACUGAACUACUGUAACAUGAUGAAGCUGUGCAGGCAUGUAUCACUCAUCAACACAAUCCUUAAAGCACCAACAGUGACAAAAUAGCGCUGUCUCAGGAAAAGGAACUUUUUUUAUUAUAACGUGAUAUAUAUAAUAUUAUAAUACAGCAGUAUCCAAAGGUACCAUGACUUUCUAUAAAUAUGCUUCAUUGGAUACACCGCAUUGUACUUAGCCUUUUUUUUUUUUUUACAAAGGAAAGCAAAUGGGUCAAAAAAUGCACAAUGAUAAUAAUAAUAACCCGUAAGAAUGGUAAUUCAAAAUUUGAUCAAAUGUAGAGUCCGCUUUAUGUGAAUAGACAAUGUGAAGAAAAAUGUAAUGUAUUUGCUUUAUUUAACUGCAGAAUAUUUGUAAUAAUGUUUAUUGGUAUUAAAAGCAUUUAAUAUCUUUUGUUUGUAAUGUAUUUUACAGUGUAUCUGCACAUUUUUACCCUUGAUAAUAAAAAGAUUGAGACAGUUAA